AUGUUUGAUGAUGAUGAUGCUAACAGUCUCGGCGUCGUCGUCCUCGGGGUCUGGUGGCUCCUGCUCGCCCGCCGCUGCCGGCAGCGCCUCGGCGUCCUCCACAGUCACCUCGGCUGCGGCCACGGCCCCCGCAGCCGGCCCUCGCGCGGCCGAGGUAGGAGCGGCCGCGGCCCCCAGGCCGAACGCUGCCUCUGCCGUCGGGGCCGGCAGGUUGCGGGCGCGCCCAGCCGCCACCGUCCCAGUCGCCAGCCCCAGCAGCAGCUGGAACAUCAGCAGUGCCCGCGCCAGCGGCCCCGGGCGGGCGGCGCGCUCCAUCAGCGGCCGGCCCCGCGCGCGGGCAUGGAGGCGCAGCCGCCGGCGCCCGCUUUUCCCGCCGCUCCAAGACUCCGACCCCGGAGAGGACGCCUUAGCGAGCCCGCUGCCUCCCGGAUAGACUGGACAGCCUGCCGCGUUCCCCUGGCCACGUCUCAGCCCGGCCUCCGCCGCCACCACCUGAGUGACAGCGUCCCGCGGACAUCGCCCAUUGAGCAAAUGUUCCGCGCAGCUUCUCUCCGAUUGGCUGAGGAUCCUGCCACUCUGAAAAAGGCGGGGAUUUCCCCGGUGGUCAACAUCACACUUUCCAAUCAAAUCGUAUUUUCAUUCCUCGAAGCCUUGCCCUUUUCCGGACGCGGCUACCAAUGAGAAACGCCCCUCCCCAGAGUCUUCUCACUUGAUUGGUAAACUCUGCGAUUCCCGGACUACCCAGACUGGCCAUCCUGGAAGUUGGCCUCGCCCAUCAAAGCGUGGCGCUGGAGAAGACUUGAAGGUUAUUGGUGGAAAUGAAUGCCCUUCAAACAUCUGCGCUAACUGCUUUUUGAUUGGUUGGAAGCUGCACCUAAUACGUGGCGGAUUUUGACUGUGAAGAGGACGGUCCCCUGGGGCCCAGAGUGGGAUUCUAGAGAAGAGAGAGAAAUGAAUUGCAAAGGGCCCUAGUAGAGAAGACUUAAAUCUUUAG